UAUGUAUGAUUUAGAAGUUAUGUUUGGAAACAGUCAUUUCUCGUUUUAUUAUAAUUAAAUUUAGUAUAUUUUUCCGAAUACAGUAUACAAUGGAAGAGGAACCAAAAAAGGAAUUAAUAAUAUUUGGACAUGAUGUUGCUCAAAUGCCUUGUUUCCGUAACAGCUUUUUAUAUGGAAUAAGCGGAGGAAUUGGUGUUGGAUUGGUCACAUUUUUAGCUACUUCUAGAACGCGGUUUUCAACUCAUGUAGCCUUUUCUGGCUUUGUUUGUGGAACAUUAGGUUAUUGGUUUGUGUGCAGAUAUCAAUGGUCCAAAACACGGUUUGAAUAUCAAAAAUUGCAAACAGCGAUGAGAAAUAAGGCGAUGUACGAAGGUACAGAGGUAGAAAGAGAAAUUUUCAAAGAAGCGUAGCAUAAAUUUUGAAUUUUUUUUAUGCAUAAUAAAUUUUUAAUUAUUGUAAUACACAACAUUAUAACUAUUUCAAGUAAUGUACUAAUACAAAAUUAAUUAAUAUUAUUUAAUAUUUGCCAAAAUAUUAAAGUGAAAUUCAAUGUACAGACUUUGUGUUUAGGUAUAAUAUUUAUCCUUAAGGCACUGAUUUC